UUCUUGCCCUCCUCCCUCUCCUCACAUGCACUCUCACCACCACCUUGAAAAUCUCUCUCCCUCUCAUCCUCUCGCUCGUCCACAGAAAAAGGCUCCAAGGAAGAUGGAGCCGUCUCUAAUGGCGGAAACGUCGCCACUGAAGCGCCAGAGAGAGGCGACCCCCGGUGAAGAAGGCGAGGAGAAGCGGCAAAGGUCGUACAAGGACAUCCUCUCCCUCCUCGAGGAGGAGGAAGACGUGCCGGCCCAAGACCUGUCGUCCCUCAUCACGAGCCUCCAGCAAGAGCUCGCCGCCUCCGUCUCCUCCGACCCUUUGGCCGCCUCCGCCGGAGAGGCCGACGCGGAAGCCCCUUCCUCGUCAGCUUCUUCUCCUCCUUCGCCCGCUGGCGCAGGUGGAGGAGGUGGCGGAGGAGGAGGAGGAGACGAGGGAGAGAGGGUGAUGAGGCGCUUGCUCGAGGCCACCGACGACGAGCUCGGGCUGCCCAGCAGGGAGAGCAGCGAAGCUGGCGACGGUGCCGGCGUCGAGGAAGGCGACGAUGGGCUGUGCGGUGGCGCUGGUGAAGGCCAAGGGUCGAUCGAUUUGUGCGACGGUUUGGCGUGGGGGCUCGAGGACGAGGCUGCUAAUCACUACGCUCUUCUGCAGCCCGAGCUCAAUUUCCCAUCCGAGUGGUGGGUUAAUUAGUGGUUGAUUUAGACUUUGACGUUAGUGAAAGAGAAGAAACAGACAGUUUAAGGGUUAGAAAAACGAUAAGGACUGUAAGAUGAGACGAGGAAAAAAGAAGAAAAGAAAGUUGGAAAUGGAGAUUGGUUUUCGAGUGAUUCACUUUCCCUUCACUCUUUCAUCCUCUCUCUUUCUUUUGUAAAUUCGCCAGAUGUUCCCCUGAGCUCUUAGAUUAUGAAGAUGAAGGAAGACCGAUGAUUUUCUUUCCUUUUUUUUGCUCA